CUUCAUUAGGUCACACUUAUUACAAAGCACAACUGGCCGCAUUAUGGCAUGGGAUAGCCUCGACAAGAGCUAGAGAGAAAACAUCACAUGGCUGUGUUGGAAGAGACACAGAUGAUGCUUCAAACAGUUUAACUGGAUACAGAUAUCCGGUCUCGUUGUCCACAAAAUGACCCUUACCCCUCUUAUAUUAGCUUUAUGGACAGAGUUGUGUGUUAAUGCGCUGGGCUUUAAGGGCCCCGGGACAUCCGAAGAGACAACAGACAGUGGGACCAUCCGUGUCCGUGUUUGGGUAUCGCGUUCUGCCUUCACCGUCAACAGGAAGGUUCAUUACGUCAGUGAAGGCAGCCUUGUGACCUUACUGUGUGACCCUGACAAGGAAAUUAAAAGUGGAAUUCGAAGCAUAUCGUGGGUCUACGAUGGCGCCACGUCAAAGACAGAUACGACAUGUGACUACCCAACUGAAGUGGAAGACACUUUCACAAGGCAAUUAGUUGCAGAAAACGAGGGAUCGUACAACUGUCUGGUGAACACCUCUAAAGGAACGCUUUUGUCAGAGACAAUUGUGCUGAAGAUUGCUGUUCUCACUCAAAUACCCGUCGUCCACUACUGGCAUGACAUCAUCAGAGAUCCAUAUCUGCUACCCUGUGACGUCACGAAGUACUUCAUACCACGUGGUGAAGUCACGUGGUUUAAAGACAAGAAAGAAGUCCAAGGAGCUACAAACUUGUACAUAGAUAUUGACGGGGCAUUGAACUUCCUCUACCUCACAGCUGCUGACUUUGGAAAGCCCUACUACUGUAAGGUGCACAGCAGAAAACUACAACAAACCAUUGUAGGAAAUACAACCUUUGUCUUGAAAGACGCCUGGACACAUCGAGUAAACAGAAAACCAGUUCUCAUAAGCAGCACUGAAACAGCGUCAGCCGCCGAAGGCGAUGACGUCACACUGGAAUGCAGCUUCGGUGGGGAUCCUGAGCCCACAGUAACAUGGACGAGGAAAUACAACCACGAAGCCCGUCACAAAUACAGCUCUCCCGAGACCAAAGGGAAGCAACUGCGUAUAGCCAACGUAAGCGUCAGUGAUGGUGGCAGUUAUACCUGUACAGCAAAAAACCCAUCAGGAGAAGCUGAAUCAGCGAUUCAAUUACAUGUUAAAAAAACACCAGCCUUGGCGAAGCCUAUUGAGUCACGUGUCCUCCUCACCGGAACUAGCGUCACGUACCACUGCGCACCAGAAGACGGUCACUUGGAAUCCAGAUGGUUUGUUGAUGGAUGGCCACAAGCUGAAGGGACGGAAAAGCUUUUUUUCGGCAAAAACAAAAAGUCAUUGACCAUCACGUCAACUAGAAAUGACAGAGCGGGGCUCUGUGUCCAGUGCAACGUCAGUAACGACAUCGCCUACACCCUGUACAGCGCCUGUGUCAGAUACGAGGAUUCCACGUCUGACCCCCCUGUCACAACAGCUGCUGUCCCGACUGCAGUCAAGCUAUGGACAGUGCUUGUUCCAGUCGCACUUGUCAUCAUUGCCGGUAUCUUCAUCAUCAUCAGCUACAUCGGUGUGAGACGCCGAACGAGAGGCCUCCCUACUGUUGAAACUGAGCUUCCAACCACGCCCACCCUUUACCUUGAGGCCCAUCAGCUCAUAGAACAACGCAUUUCUCACCUCCACAAGAAACAAGAAGAUGGUCAGCGGGACGGUACUAUAUAACUGUGUACUGAAUCGUCGUGUUGACGAUGUGCUGUUAACCAUCUGUCGCCAUUGCGUGCUUAAUUGUAGAUUUCUGAUUGUUGCGAAGGAUUUGCUGUCACGUGUGUUCGUGCAUUGUGCCUUAUAUAUGUCACUGCAAUGUAGACAAACUAGCCAUACUCGCACCCCUAACCCAUUUUUCCAAGACCCCUUGAAAACCGUACCAUAACUUGUUGACAACUGUCAAUACCCGUUGAAACUGUACCAGAUUUGUUGACAACUGUACAAAAAACAACAACAACCAAACUUGUUGACAACAGUACCAAGACGUGUUAGACAACUGAACCAUGACCCGUUAAACUGUAUGUUGAACAAUAUACUAAGAAAAUGCACACUGCCUUGCGGUAGAAAUGUUUACUCAGCGUCAACGUUGUGAAACGUUUCACGUGCUAUCUGACGUUGACGUUGACUUUGACGUUCCAGAGUCUCGAUUUGCAUGGUCUUCCCCUCUGAUGGCAUAUUCAGGUUCUAUUUUGUGUUUUUACCCAAAUAUAUUACAGCAUACCCGACACGGAGCUGUGAGUGAGUUUGGUUUAACGCCGC